CAGAAACGCGGUCGUUUUCGAACACGGGGAAAGCUCUAGUGCACAACCGUCUCGGGCCGUGCGAGUAUCCUAAAGGAGAUCAGGAGCAUGACGAGGAAGGCUGUCUGGCUGUGACGGGGUCUUUCCCGGUGGGCGGGCGCUGUCCGGCGGCGGGGCGCGCCGCGUUGCAUGUGAAGCACGCGCGCGCGCUCACUCAGCUGAUUGCUGCCAUGGAGGAGGAAAACUGCUCGCUAGUCUACAGGCUCGAACAGAAAUAUCUCAACGAUGACGACGCUUACAUGGAUCAGGACAUCAUUCUCACGAACUUUACUGGUAGCUCACCGUGUAAAAUGGCCAGUAAACGUGCACUUGAAUUAGUGGUGCUGAACAAUGCGAACAUCUCACAUCUGGGGGACGUAGCACAAGUUUCUGGACUAAUGCAGCAUGUUGCAGAGGCUGAUCUCGCCUGGAAUAAAAUCCGUUGGGAUUGUGUCACAGCAGUACUCAAGCACCUACCGCAACUGCGAACAUUGAAUCUCAGUUUUAACCCGCUUGAUGCUGAGCUUACAAUAGAAUUACCUGCUGCUCCCUUAUUGCACACUCUGAUUUUGAAUGGGACGAAUUUGUCAAUGAAUUCAUUGUCAGCUGUCCUCAAGAAUACGCCAUGUUUGCAAGAAUUGCACCUGUCUGACAACAAGCUCGAUUUGUGCACGGAUGACGAGACUGUCUUGAACGAAUCGGUGAAAACGAUCCACAUGAAUAGGUGUCGCCUAGACGAUUGGGGGUCAAUUGUUCGUUUGAUGCGAAGGUUUCCCAAUCGAAAAACAGUGUUUCUAUGCGAAAAUCCAAUAAAGUCCGUUGUCCACGACACUUCUGCAGAAGACUUGAGCACUUUGCAGGCUUUGAACUUGGGCAAGACGGAAAUCGCUGACUGGGAAAGUAUCGACAGCCUGGACCGGCUGCCAUCGCUUAUAGACCUGCGAAUCCUCUCAAUACCUCUUUUGGAACCGCUUAACGAAGAGGAACGGAUACAUCUGGUUAUUGGACGAAUUCAGAACAUACGAGUGCUGAACGGCUCUAUAAUAACUCCCGAACAACGGGAGCAGUCGGAGCGAUACUUCAUUCGUUAUUACCAGGAGAGGGACGACAAGCCACACCAUUAUAAGCGUUUGAUAGAUAAGCAUGGUCAUGUGGAGAAGCUGGCAAAGGUCGACCUCACACCAAAGUCCUCUGCCCACGUGCAGGUCUUUUGCGAGGAAACAAACUACCAGGCGAAACUUCGAAUCAAUCUCAACAAGAAUGUCGGCCAGUUGAUGAAGUCUCUUGAGAAGGAAUGUGGCAUACCGUAUAAUCGACUGCGCAUGUUCUUGACCACAAAAGAUGGUUGGGUGGAAGAGUUUCGGUACCCCGGCAUGUCUCUGCACAGCUAUCGUAUAGAAGAUGGCGAUGUUCUCAACUUGCAGUCGAAAAUCGUCCCUACUCGACGUCGACCGUUGCAGAAAAGUAGCACGUGAGAGUGGAAAACGUACAUCACGAUUUAUCAAACGUCUCUCUACCUGUGGGUCUAGAUCGCUACUGCCAUUCUCUCAACAGAAUAACUGUGAUUUGAUCUGGUCUCAUCACACGAAGUAGAUUUGCAACUGCUUUCCACGCGGUUUUCAGGGAGUCCCACGUAAUCUUUGCGGUGUCAUUGUCUAGUAUCAGUCUGCUGUAAGAUUCUUUCUUGGUCUGUAUUCAGCGUAUGUUAUUACGCGUUCUGUACAGCUUUCUUAGACCUUUACAACUUCUUUGAUAUAGGGAACUAGUUCUGUAUGUGAUAGUAAUUCUAGUGUCUUUCGAAGUAGUAGAGCAUGUUUCUUCUGAGUAGUUCUUGCUGCUUGUUAUGAUAUUACGUCGAGCUAUAACUGUACAUAAGAAAGAUUUCUCUAAGAAAUAUUAGGUGCACAUAGAUGAGCUUCGAGUCAAUUGACAUUCGAAACGCGAAUGAGUGUUCCAUGAGCAGACAUUGCCCGGUAAUUGUUUUUCUACGUUAUUUGUUUCUUUUAUGUGAGGCACGUGUACAUAAAGACCAAGUCGUAUCACAAAAAUUUACUUACGUCGUCAUAU